AUGAGAGAGAAUUACAAUUCAAAAAUAAAUUCCAUCAUCGAACAAUUAAUAACAAAAUUUCCCUUUCCAAUAACUAAAACAAGUGAACUUAGUAAGUGUAAAUAAGUUUCUAUAAAAUAAUUAAGUAAUGAAGAUUUAAUUUAAACUAUUAGUUAUCUGAUUCAAUAAGAUAAUGAUAAUCUUAUUUAAAAUGAUUAUACGAUAACUAAAGACAUUUAAUUUUCAAAAUCAAUAGAAAGUUAAUCAGAACUAUUAAAAUAAAAUGAUUAUUAGACAUUUAAGAGUCAAUUAAUAUUUUGCAUGAUUAAUCAAGUAUCAACAAUAGUUAAUUAUUAGCUGACAACCAAUUGUAAGGUAUUAUUUAAUUAUCAGAACGAAUUUAAGAGAAUAAGAAAACAAGAGUUGGAUGAAAUCAUAAGUGCUUCUUAGUAAAUAUAAGGUGGGUGA